AUGUCUGAUCCAUACACCCCUUUUUGGUAUUUAAAACACAAUCCAUCCGAAACUGAGGAGCCUACCUCUACCUCUGUAGCCCCUACAACCAUAUACACACCAAGCGCGACAGAUACACAUACUAUGAUGAAUGACGACGGUUGCACCAUCGACGCAACUGAGCUGUCAACUACGGUAGAGCCUCAAGUUCUGCUGUUUGAGAUUCAAAGGGCUGCCGAAGACGUGUCACAGCUCGUUGGGCGAUUCGGCUACAAGAUGGCCGAAACGCUUAUGUGUCACGAUAUCAAGAAGGCGCUCUUCGAACAUUCCAACUUCAAACAGCUCCGGUUACCGAGCAUGAUCCACAGUGACAGCUUCACCUGUGUGAGCGAAAAGAUCCACCAGAAGCCGAUUCAUCUCGAUGUCGAGGCACCACUACCUGUGGUGGUUAUGGGAUCCGCUAUUGGAGUUCCUAAAGCCGUCACGGAGCAAAGACUGCAAGCUUAACUUCACACCGACUCGUAAAAACAACGAUGCCUUGUCUUAUAAUAUCACCAUCCGGCUCUGGACGAAUACAAAGGGUCCAAACAUCGAGCUAACUGCGACAUAUGGGGGUCAAUUCAAUGAGCGGCGUAUCUUCAAUGCGCCCAUAUCGACAUUCUCAUUCCCAAAGAAAGGAUUCAGGAGCAUAAUUACCCCUGUCUUAGCGGUUGAUCGAACUCAAUACGAAGAUGAAGGCUGCUAUGAGGACAUGUGGGAAUAUCUUAUGCCUCGCCGAGACAGCGUCUGGUGCCGCGCUAUGCGAAUACAUCAGGACGACGAAGAGAAGGUGAUCAGAGCUUUCGCAGGAUCUUGCAGGGCCAGCGAUGAUAGAUUUUCUAUCUUAGAUGCCCAGGAACUACAGUGCCAGAAUCUAGUGCGGCGUUUCCCAUCUGGGGCUAGAGGCUUUUGCGCCCAGAACGGGCUUGUUGGAAAGACGGGUGGACCGUACAGUAAAAGACUGUACUUUGCUCCUGAUAUCAAGGACUGAGAUGCUACUGAAGACGGCGUUGCUUAAAGCGUGGCGCUAAUUACUACGUUUUUGGAUUGGAGAGUUACUAAUCAGUGUAUUGCAUUGUAGAAGUUGAAUGUCGCG